GAAACUUCCGAGGAGGAGAAGCAGAUCCCUCCCUCCCAGCCGGGCGGGGCGGCGGGGCGGCCGGGGCCUGUGCUGGGGACUGCCGGCCGGCGCCUGGGACCCGAGGGGACUCUCGGGCCGGGACAGCAUGUGACACUGCCCAGGAUUCAGCCCUGAUGGAGGCUGAGGAGCCCCAACAUGGAGCCCCGACUUCCAUUCCUGCUGAAGCAGAAUUCAGUGUUACCUCGGCAGCUCCCAUGAGAAGCAGCCAGCUCCCUGCCUUGGAUCCUGAAGCUGAGGAGGGCAAGGACCCAUCCUAUAAGUGGGCAGAGGGACACCCACUCUUGGAGACCCGACAGAGAGAUGUAAAUGACUAUGCAAAUGAGAGCAUGACCUCCUUCCCCAGUGAAGCCUCUGCAGACAUGGAGACUGACCAGGAAACCCUGAUGGCUGAGCCCCAGGACACUCCAGAGCACCAGGAGGCAGUGCCCCAGAGCCUGGAAGACAGACAGGCAAGGGUGCCAGCUCCCCCAGAGCUCCAGACUGGCCCCAACCAGGGUGAAUACCUAGACAGGGCCUCAAUGUCCAGUGAACUGGGCAGAAGAAUGGAGGUAGAAUUUAGACCAGAACUCACUUCUUUGAUACUGGAAACUGGACCAACAGAAGAGAAGGAGGAAACUUGCCCAGAUACCUCUGCUCAGACCAGAUUUGGUCCUUCCUGUGAAGACAACCCCACAGAGACCAGCCAGCAGCAGGACUUGGGAAGUGGAACCAUCAGGCAGGAAGGUCCAAGGAGAGAAGGGCCCCCAUGUCUCCAGAAGGCCGAGGGGCUUGGGGAACAGGGACCAGAGAAAGAGGGACUUCAAGGGGAAGGAACUCUGAGGGAGGGUGUCUGCUCUGCUGGGCUUUUAGGGGAGCUGGAGCAGAUGGGAAAGAAGGUCAAUCAUGCAGACAGAGAACAGAGACAAAUAGAGGAGCAGAUUCAAGAAGAUGUGAUGUUUGCAAAACAAGGAGAGAGAGUGGGACCUAACAGGGAAUUGGGAGAUCUGAGUCAUGGUGAGUGGGAGUGGUGGACUCAGGGCCACGGGGAUAUGGAACAAGGGGAACAGAAGGGGUGGGAGUUGUCAGAGCCAGAAGCAAGUAUCAGGGAUGCUCAGGACGAGGAGACUCAAAGCUUAGCAGGGAAACCAGUGAAAGAAACUGGAGAGGAAGAUCAGGGUCUACAGGGGAAAGUGAUAGAGGAGCAGGAGGAAGAGGUAGGGUCUAGCGAGGAGGAACCAGGGAGUUGGGAUGUGGACACCCUGGAGGGAGCAGAAGAGAGGAGUACAGAAGGAGAAGGGGAGCAUGGUGGUCCUUCCACACUGGUGCUGGGAGCCCCUGGGGUCUCUUCUCCCAUGAUCACAAUCCCUAAGGUGCAGACAGAGCCUAGAGCUGAGGAACUGCCCCUCAAAGCUCUGACUUCUGCACUGGAGCCUACAGGAUUGUCCCACCAGCCCAUUUCUUUACCGAGUUCCUCUCCUGAUGGGGAGUCAUCUGACCAAGAAGCAGCUCAGUACAACCAGCAAGAGGGAUCUGAGCUGGGGAAGGGGACAGCAUCCAGCCAGGAGACUGAGGUGGUUUCUGCCAGUACACUAGUGACCCCACCAAGGACACCAGAUUCAGCCCCUUCCAGCCCUUCCGAAGUCUCCCCCGGCACAACUGUCUCACCAUCUGGCAGCCCCCCAGUCACCUUUCCUAGUACAGAGCCCUCCGAUACUGCGUGUUCUCCAGAAAACUCCAGAGCCCCUGGACUGACCAGCAGCCCAUCUCCCUGUGGGACUUCUGAGGAUCCACCAGCUGCCUUUCCCAGCUUCCCCUCAGCAGGCCAGGCCAGCCCUCUGGGUCUGCUAGCUGGCUGUGCUGGGCCAGUCCAGCACCUGAGGAGCAACUCCUUUCCUGGUUCUCAUGGGACAGAACCAACUCCGGACCUGGCAGGAAGAUCGCUUUCCUUUUCCCACUCUGAGUUGCCCCAGAGGCCACCCAAACCUGCCAUCUAUGGCUCUGUGAUCCCAAGGAGGGGCAGGAAAAAUGGAAGAGACAAUGGCAUCAUUCCAGAAUCCUCCAGUUCAUUACCCAUUCUGGGCCAGGAAGCUCAAGAAUUCACCACCAAGCCAGAAAGCCCUGGCAGCCCCCAUGGCAGUCAGCAGUGGGCAUCCCCACAUCACUCACCCUUUGCCCCAGCAUCCCCUGCCUGUGGCUCUUCCCUACCUUUCAUCUCUGUAGAUGCCAGGGUCCAUGAACCUUUGCCCAUGCCUCCCCCAGAGAAGAGGCAUGUCCACCCCUCUGUGGUGGAAAGAGAUGACCAUCUCCAUGCUGUGGUCCCCAUGCUGAAGCAGGGGGGCCAUCCUCCUCCACUGGCCCUAGGGUCAGGGCUACAUGGACCCCCCAGAGGCCCACUCCCCCAAGUUCCUGACCCCCUUGUGGCAAGGCAGCACCGACCACUGCCCUCCACCCCAGACCCUCUUCACCAUACUCAGACCUUGUUUACUCCCAGGCAGAGAUACAACAAGCCAUUACCCCCAACUCCUGACUCGCCCCACCCCCACCAUCAUCCGGUUUCUUCUCCCAGCAGCUCAAGGAUCUACAAGCCUCUACCCCCUGUCCCUGUCAUGGAUCCUCCUACUGAACCACCCCCAUUACCCCCAAAGUCUAGGGGGAGGAGCAGGAGCACUCAGGGAGGACUUGUGCAUUCAGGGGAUCAAGCCAAGACAAGGCCUAUUUGUCAAGAGAGGACAAUCUCCACUCCCCAUUCUGCAGGACGCACCUCCUGGCCUCCAGCCAUGGGCAGAUCAACAGACUCUUUGGUUUCUACCAGUAGGAGUAAGAGUGAAGUGCCCCCUGGCAUGGCUUUCAGCAACAUGACCACCCUUCUAAGUCCCUCUUCCCCAACCACCUCCUGGUCUCUGGAGGGCCAGGGACCAACUUCUGAACCAGGAUUCUCAGAAGAGUCUGAAGUCCCUGUCCCUGUUCUGAGAAGAACAGCCCCUCAGGAAGGAGCCAAUGGCCUGAGGAGGUCGGAUCUGGGGCGAGCAAGGCAGCCAGAAAAACCCAGCCAUCCCCAACUGGAAAAGUCAUCCAGCUGGCCCCACAGACGCGAACCAGGGAAACCACCAGAGGGCAGCAGUGGGAGAGAUGCCAUCCACAGUGAUGGGUCAAAUAAGCACAAGGACUGGCACCGGCAAGGCCUGCGCAGACCUUCUAUCCUACCCGAGGGCCCUUCAGACACAAGAGGCCCAGUCAUGGAAAAAACCCCUGGCCUUUCAGACAGCAUUGUUUUUAGGGAGAAAAAGCCGAAAGAGGUGAUGGGAGGCUUUUCAAGACGCUGCUCCAAGCUCAUCAACUCCUCUCAGCUGCUUUACCAGGAAUACAGUGAUGUGUUUUUGAACAAAGAAAUUCAGAGCCAGCAGCGGCUGGACAGCCUGACAGAGGCUCCAGGACCCGCCUCCCCCCGGCAGCCCCGGAAGGCCCUGGUCUCCUCAGAGUCUUAUCUACAGCGACUCUCCAUGGCCUCCAGUGGUUCCCUUUGGCAGGAGAUUCCCGUAGUACGCAACAGCACUGUCCUGCUCUCCAUGACCCAUGAAGACCAAAAACUCCAGGAGGCAAAAUUUGAGCUGAUUGUGUCAGAGGCCUCAUACCUGCGCAGUCUGCAUAUAGCUGUGGAUCAUUUCCAACAUUCUGAGCAGCUUCGGGCCACACUUUCCAACCAGGAUCACCAGUGGCUCUUCUCUCGUUUACAGGAUGUGCGUGAUGUCAGCACCACGUUCCUUUCAGACCUGGAGGAGAACUUUGAGAACAACAUCUUCACCUUCCAAGUGUGCGAUGUGGUCCUGAACCAUGCCCCCCACUUCCGCCGGGUCUACCUGCCUUAUGUCACCAACCAGACCUACCAGGAACGCACCUUCCAAACCCUGCUGAAUAACAACAGCAGUUUCCGAGAGGUCUUGGAGAAGCUGGAGAGUGACCCCAUCUGCCAACGCCUUUCCCUCAAGUCCUUCCUGAUUCUGCCCUUCCAGCGUAUCACCCGUCUCAAACUACUGCUGCAGAACAUUCUAAAGAGAACACAGCCCGGGUCCUCAGAGGAAGCAGAGGCCACGAAGGCACACCACGCCUUGGAGGAGCUGAUCCGAGACUGCAAUAACAAUGUCCAGAGAAUGCGGCGGACAGAGGAGCUCAUCUACCUGAGCCAGAAGAUUGAGUUUGAGUGCAAAAUAUUUCCACUCAUUUCACAGUCACGCUGGCUGGUGAAGAGUGGAGAGCUGAUGGCCCUGGAGUUCAGCAUCUCCCCAGGGCUGCGGAGGAAACUGAACACGCGGCCAGUCCACCUGCAUCUCUUCAAUGACUGUCUGUUGCUGUCUCGGCCCCGAGAGGGCAGCCGAUUCCUGGUAUUUGACCAUGCUCCCUUCUCCUCUGUUCGAGGGGAGAAGUGUGAAAUGAAGCUACACGGACCUCACAAAAACCUCUUCCGGCUCUUCCUGAGGCAAAAUGCACAGGGCACCCAGGCCGAAUUCCUCUUCCGCACUGAGACUCAAAGUGAAAAGCUUCGAUGGAUCUCAGCCUUGUCCAUGCCAAGGGAGGAGUUGGACCUUCUGGAGUGUUACGAUUCCCCACAAGUUCAGUGCCUUCGAGCCUACAAACCCCGAGAGAAUGAUGAGUUGGCGCUAGAGAAGGCAGACGUGGUGAUGGUGACCCAGCAAAGCAGUGAUGGCUGGCUGGAAGGUGUGAGACUUUCAGAUGGGGAGCAAGGCUGGUUCCCCCUCCAGCAAGUGGAGUUCAUUUCCAACCCAGAUGUCCGUGCACGGAACCUGAAGGAAGCCCACCGAGUCAAGACUGCCAAACUACAGCUGGUGGAACAGCAGACCUAGCUUCUUUCCAGGAGGAAUCCCCUGAGAUUAAAGGCAAGAUGCCUGGACAGGUCUGACCCCGGAACCCGGCAACAGAGGCCUUCUGUGGACCAAGAACUAGACCUUCAGAAGUCCAAGGACAACAUCGGGAGCAACCAGUUGCUAGUUCCAGGCCUCCUUUUUUUGUUCUUUGUGCUUGGUGGGGGAAUUUUGGGGGGGACUUUGCACUGGACUCUGGGAACAUUUUCACAUAGGAGAAGGGGCCACUGAGGCUUCAGCCAGGGAACUUGACUUCUACCUGUAGUAACUUAAAAGUUUUCUUCCGGAGUUCAGAUUCGGAGCUGAACAGAAGCUGCCAUAUCUUAACCAGAAUCUGACCUCAGUCCACUGAAGGGAGCUGUUUAAGGGAGAUUGACACAACAGACGGGAGGGUAAACAUGGUGACCUUCAAGGUAUCUUCCAGCUCUGGAAAUAUUCCAUAAUUGUGGGCGUGAAGUCAGUGCCCGCAUCUCUGAGAUCUGUGUCUAUUGUGGCUAUGUGAGGGUCAUACCCUCACACUAAUAAACUUGGCACUUGGCACUUCUCCAAGACAUUUUCUUCCAGAUUCCUGAGCCCUGCACAAAAUACAGGACAGGGAAUCCCAUGAGGAUUCCAGGCUCUUUGAUUUAGGGGUCCUGAAAGACUUCAAUAGUGCCUGGGUUAUGGCAGCAGCCAGUUCUGUUCUUUGAGUCCUGAGAGUCUGAGCCACCCUUCUUCUUGUUAUAGGCUCAGAGAUUGUAUAAGGAAUUACAAUUAAUCAAUAGGUCAUGAAAACCCCAUUCUAACCUUCUUUUUACGGAACCCACAAGGUAAGGUCUAGGCUAGUCUGGAUAGGUUUGGAAAUCCUACUCAGACCAUUCAUGCUUUUCUAUUUUUUGACUUGAAUUACGGGGGUGGUGCCUUCACAGCUGUCCCAUCCUCUGUGUUGAGAGCAGCAUGGUGGUAAUGCAGACAGUCCUAGCAUCCCACUCAGGAGACCUCACCUUCUGUUACUGCAUGGCCAGAAUGUAGCCUGUCCACGUCUCAGUUUCCUUAAAUGUAAAAUGCAGGAUGGAACCAAGUCACCCCCGAAGUCACAUCCAACCCUAUGAUAUGUGAUUCUUUAUCUCCCAUCAGGUUGCCUUCUCAGUUGGAGAACAUCACCCUUUACAUUUUUUUUCUCAUAUUGAGCCCUCAUACAGCAAUGGUACAGUCAUCUUUUAAGCUGGCUCAUUGUAGUCCUUCCCUGGACAUUCUACCACUCUGCUUUGCCUUUAGGGGCUUCAAAAGUAGAAUUGCAUGCAGCUUUGUACAAAGGUAAGAAUAAUUCUAUAAACUUUGUCCUAUACCCAAUUAAUGAUGAUAUAACAGAAUAGUAUCACGUUUGAUAACACACUUUGUUUUCAAUCCAUCCUAAAGUGUAAAUUAGGAGUUCUUGUUGUGGCUCAGCAGGUGAAGGGCCUGAUGUUGUCUCUGUGAGGAUGUGGGUUUGAUCCCUGGUCUCACUAGGUUAAGUGUUGCUGCAAGCCGCAGCAUAGGUCACAGAUAGAGCUAAGCUCUGGUGUUGCUCUGGUAUAGGCCUCAGCCUCAGCUCCAAUUUGACCCCCAGACCGGGAAUGUCCAUAUGAUGCAAGUGCAGCCAUAAAAAAAAUUAAUUAAACAAAAUGUCAGCUUGCUGAAUUUUUAGAAAAGUUAUCACUGUAGUAAUUAAGUUUGGGCUAAUAGUACUUUAACCUGAAAAGGCUGAACUGCUCAAAAAUCUAAAAUAGGGAUGAUUUAGAGCAGUCGGACUGAGAUUUUUCACUAUUUCUAUAAAGCUAGAUUUUUAUUAGUAGUAUGUGAUAUAUUAAUAUGUAUAUAUUAUGUGUAAACUAACAACUGAAUCUUCUUAAGAGUAAUAACAAUAAUUAUAAUCCAGAUUUUUUGUUCACACUAGUAUUUGAACACUGGCCAUAUGGCUCAAACAGAGCCAUAGCCAACCUUAUAUUUUCUAGGCAAAUUCUUCCUUACUUUCCCAGAGAGGAAAAAAAAAACAACUUUUGUAUGAUACACAUGCAAAAAGUAUUUUUAGUUGAAUGACUGCUUCUUUGCUUAAAGUUGCUCAGGCUUUUGGAGCACCUGUAGAGCUGACUUCUGUAAGACUAAAAUUAUCAUUAGAUAUUUAAUAUAUAUUGGUUUAAUCUGGUUAUUCUCACCUAAUCUGAGAAAUUAAGAGACGAUUGGCUUCUACUUGUCUUUAGGACCUUGGUCUUAAAAAAAAAACAAAAAAAACACAAUUAAAGCUUAGAUAUGAGUAAUCUUUCCUCAGUUGAAUUACUAUAUUUUCUAUAGUUUGGGUUUUUCAAAGUUGGGUAUAGGUCUACCUACUGUCCCUUCCUUCUUCAGAUUUCCAGAAUUUAACUCACUGUUCUUUGAUCCUGAUUGGCAUCAUUUUGUUACAAACAUAGCAAUUUCUUCUGAGAGAUUGUGCAAACCACUAUUACCCAACACUUUUUGGACAUACUGCCUUUGAGGCAUAUGAAUAUACAGUCUUUUUUUUUUUUUUUUUUUUUUGGUUUUUUAGGUAAAACCGUGCACAGGGAUAGUGUCGUCAGGAGACAUCAAUGACAGUCCUAUUUAUUGUUCCUUUUCUGAAUUAUGACAAGCUUGGAGCUUAAACUCCUAUAAACAUAUGCAGAAUCACUUUCUCUGUGAGUUUGUCCACACUGAAUUUCCGUCUGUCACUUUCAUCUACUCACAUAGCCCAGAAAGCCAUUCUUUAAAGCUUAUUUUCACCACCAACUGUUCACUUAGCGUUAAUUGUAAUCUUGACAUUUUUUUUUUUUUUUUUUUUUUGUGCACCACUUUCUCUGCCAUGGUCAUUUAUAAUGACUUUAAUAAGAUUAGCUUACAUGUUAGUAUCUGGAAGGCUCACGGUUUAAGAUAUGUUUCUUCUCCAUAGUUUUAUUUUCUCCUAAACAACUUCUAUAGCCACAACACAAGGUAAAAUGGAUUUUGGCGGAGUGGGUUAAGGAUGGGACGUUGUCACUGCAGUCACUGCAGUAGCUCGGGUUGCUGCUGUGGCUCGGGUUCAGUCCCUGGCCAGGAAACUUCCACAUCCCAUGGGCUUAGCCAAAAAAAAAAAAAAGUCUUUGAAAAUAUAAAGAAAUUACAUUCACUGGCUUCCCUUCUUUUCAUACACAUAUUUAUUUCCCUCUAAUAAAGCCAGUUUCCUUUUGGACCCCA